UCUGUUUACAGAGCGAUGCUCAGUUCCUGUUGUGUUGAAAGUCGUAAUUUCACAAAUUCUGAAGGGAAAAAUAAACUAAGGCACUCUCUGAACUACAGAAUUGCAUUCAGAUAUCUUGAUGAACACAAAAACCAACAACUUGUCUUCAGAAAUGCUUGCUUCACGUACAAACGGCUUGGAACCAAAAUUGCACAUCAAAAUAGUUGGGUUGAUUAAAGAGCCAGAUUUUCAUUUUGCCAAGAGCAUAACUGAGGGACUAAAACAGAAGUUUCCUCGUGAGUUUGUGGAUCCAGAAAUUUGUCCGUUACUUGAAUUUGAUUGGCAUGCAUAUCUGGACAACCAGAAGAGGGAGUUACGUGGCGAAGUAUGGCAGUUCUCCAGUGGCGUCAUGUGCUUUGUGGAUGGCCAGUUCAUCGGGGACGGCGGCGCCCUCGCUGCCUGGGCCCAGGACCAAUGGGCCUUCACGUGCGACCGGGCGCAGGCUUUUUGCGUGGACGAAUACUACCUGAAACAUCUCCGUGCGACUAAGCACAGGUUUGUUUUCAUGGACAUUGAGAUUGGAGGAGAGCCAGUGGGGAGGUUGUUGUUUGAGCUCUUCUCGGAUGUGUGUCCAAGGACGUCAUGGAACUUUGAGGCUCUGUGCACAGGAGAGCGAGGCCAGUCGACCGGCGGCUACCCGCUCUGCUACCAGGGCUCCCUGUUUCAUCGAAUAGUGCCCAAUGGCUGGGUGCAAGGCGGAGAUAUUAAUCCAGAAAGAAAAGGAAACGGAGGCGAAGCCAUCUAUGGAGAAACCUUUGACGACGAGAGUUUUUCUCUUUCUCACACAAAGCGAGGCACUCUAGGAAUGGCCAACAAGGGCCCCCACAGCAAUGGCUCCCAGUUCUACAUCACCCUGCAACCAACACGGUGGAUGGACUUGACCUACGUUGCGUUUGGUCAAGUGGUUGAAGGUGUGGAUGUCCUCAAGAGAAUAGAAGAGGCCCCGACCACCAAUCAAAGACCCAAGAAGGAAUGUACAGUUGUAAACUGUGGCGUAUUUAAAUUAUAGCUCAUAUAGCCCCUUUAUUGUAUUGCUUGAUUUAUAGGAGCUAUGUUUGUACAGUGACCUUGAGUGGCUUGAAAACCGUCUAUUCAUAAAAUGAAUUAUUAUUUAAAAAAAAAAAAACAUGAAAUGUAACCCCUUACCAUGUUAUAAUGAAAAAAAAGUCUGUUCAGGCUGUACAACUCAUAUUAAACUAUUCUUUUUUUUUUUUGCUCAUGGCGGUUUCCACAUCAAUUUAAUGUAAUUACUUCCAUCCACCGAUUUUUUUUUUUGUGGCGCUUGUUCUCACUUGGGUCGCGGUACGCCGUGGAUUUUUCGCCAACCAAUUGCAGGGCAAUAGGCAAGCACCUAUCGAGAAUUAUGGACAAUUUAUAGUCUUGCGCUGGGGUUACACCGUUCCACAAAAUUACCAAAACUGGGUCUAACCUGCGUCCUCGCAGAGUUACGCCAUGCACAGCGCUGGAUUUGCACCAGGCACGAAAAUAGAGCACUUAAUGUUUUCGGUUUUCAUUUUUAAUGUUUUAAAAAAAAAAUGUAAACUCAAUUAAAACUCAAAGAGGUGAUAAACGUACCUGUAGAGCAGAAAUAUUGCUAAUUCCGCAUUGCUUCUGAAUCUUAACAGCUGCCUGAGGUCCCUUUACUCUGCUUCUGUUUGCUGGUCUUGCCCAGUUGUGAACAAACGACGGAUGAGAGACUGUUUGGGGAUGGCCCCUUCCUGUUCCAACAUGACUGUGCACCAAUGCACAAAGCAAGGUCCAUAAAGACAUGGAUGCGACUUUGGUGUGGAUACAUUUGGCUGGCCUGCACAGGGUCCUGACCUUAACCUGAUAAAACACCUUUUGGAUGAAUUAGACUGGAGACUGAGAGCCUGGCCUUCUUGUCCGACAUCACUGUGUGACCUCACAAAUACACUUCUGGUCAAGAAUUCCCUACACACACUCCUAAACCUUGUGGAAAGCUAUCAUAUCUAACACUAUUGAAUAAGAUAGGGGAUGUCACUUCAGAUUAUAUGUGAGUCAAGGCAGGUAAGGAAAUAUUUUUGGCAAUAUAAUGUAGAUGUUUGUUCAUCCAUCUAUGUCAGUGACUUAUAGUGACUUCCA